UUGCCGACGAAUACACAACCCGCGACAAAAUCCUAGUUCUCAGCCUAGUGUCCUCCAUGGGCACUGAAAGCUGGACCAGGAUCUCCGAGACACUUGCGCGCUGCCCUGGGGCGCUCUCCAAACCCUCGCAUAUCCCCACCGACGUCGAGUGCCAGCGGAUAUACACAGACUUGGUGCCGGCCGGCAGCACAGUCAAUUCCAAAGAAGCAAUCCGCAGAGUCCUGCACGCACUGAAGGAGCAGCGGAUCGAUGAGCUUGCUGGUGAGCUCAAAGUAGUUGAUUCAGAGCUUAAAAUUGCCGAGCAGCAGCAGCAGGCGAGACGCGCGGUGGAGCAACUCGAGAUGGCACGGAAGAAGGAGGAGGACGAUAGGCGGAUUGCUGAGAAGGCGAAAGAAGAGGAAGAAACCAAGGCAAAGCUGGCUGCGGAAAAGGCGAGGCGUAUGGCGGAGGAGGAGAAGGCGAAGCGCGAGGCAGAGGAGCUUGCACAGAGGGCAGCCGAGGAGAAGGCCAAGGCGGAAGCCGAGGAGCUGGCCAAGAAGGCUGCUGAGGAGAAAGCAAAGGCAGAAGCAGAAGCCGAGGCAGCAGCAGCAGCAGCAGAGGCAAAGGAGAAGGCUGACGCAGAAACCAAAGCCAGGGCGGAGGCAGAAGCCAAAGCCAAGGCUGGAGCAGAAGCCAAGGUCAGGGCGGAAGCUGAAGAGAAGGCAAAACUCGAAGCCGAGGCGAAAGCUUUGGCUAAACCAAAGGUUAAGGAGACGGAAGAAGAGGAGAAACAGCAUCAAGAGGAGACAAUGUCUGAGCCCAACGAAGAGGAGGGCGAAGAGGAAGCGAGUGAGAGGAAGGAUGAGACUGAGGCCAACGGUGAGCAGGAGCCUGCUUCAGAGACAUACUCGACACCUAUGGAGCACCCUGGCGAGGAGGAAGUGGGCUCCAAACCCGAAUCCAAGGAUAGCACACAGCGCGAAACUAGAGGUGGCAGCAUGACUGAGGAGACUGAGGAACUGCAAUCCGAGAACAAUGAACAAUCAGCCGAGCUAGUCGAGGAGACGAGUCGCGUCGAUGCACAAAAUGACGUUGAGACAAUGGAUGUCGAUACCGCCAAGCAGGGCGAGGCAGAGGCAGAGCCGUCCGAGUCCGAAGACAUCAAACCCAAGCCGCCGGCCACGGCAAGCCGGCCAACCUCGACUGUGGAUGAGCAGCAACUGCGGAACUGGAAGAAGAACGUGAAUAUGGUGUGGCGGGACAUCUCAGGACACCGCCUGGGCAGCAUGUUCAACACGGCGAUCAAGAAGGCGGACGCGCCAAACUACUACGAGGCGAUCAAGGAGCCGCUAGACCUGAAGGCGAUCAAGAACCGGGUGCGCGACGAGGAGAUCACGACCACGGUAGAGUUUUACCGCGACGUCAUGCAUAUGCUGCAGAACGCGCUCAUGUACAACGGCGAGGAGACAGAGGUGUACCAGAUGACGAUGGAGAUUAUUCCCGACGCGCGUGCCUGGAUUGAGCAGCUGCUGCAGACCGAGGCGGCGGUGAUUCCACGCGAUGACGAGCCCGCGGGCCAUGCAUUGCGAGUCAAGAUUGAUGAAUUGGAGGACCAGGAGAGCGACUCGUCGGUCAAUGAGCCCAUGCGGUCGCCGGCCAAGCGCAAGCGGCGGGUGGCUUCGGACCGCGCAGCCAAGCAGAUCCGGCAGCAAUAGGCCUCUUUGGAUAAAAUAAUACGUGAAUCCAGUGAUGCUCACUAUACACAUUAGGUGCCAGACUUUAUAAGAAAGCGACAUGAAAG